AUGGUACUUCCGUCAAAGGAAGAAUACCCAGACUACUAUACUGUAAUUACUGAACCGAUUGACUUGACAAUGAUCAAGGAACGCAUGGAUAGUAACCGGUAUUCUACCCACCAAGCAAUGGUGGCCGAUUUGCGGCUCAUGUUCAACAACGCAAAGCACUACAAUGAGGAAAACUCACAAGUCUACCGGGAUGCCGUGAGCCUUGAUAGGGUAGUCAAGAAGAAGCUCAAGAGUCUGGGGCCCUAUUCAAGCGUGGGUAGCCUUUCUCCUGGCGGAUCUGCCCUAAAAGUGCGAAAAAUGAGCCCCUUGGAAAAGCAUUAUGGCGUGCCACUUGGACCCAACCUCACUCCAGGCUCUCCGGCGGGCCUUCACACUGGACAGGCCGGCCAGAGCAACGUUCCCCCUCUCCAGCGUCUAAUGGUAGAGGUGUUUCAGGCCGUGCGUGAAUACCGUGAGCCGGGUCCCAACGGAAGGCAACUCUCUGCGCCUUUUAUGCGUCUGCCCAGUCAGAGCGAGCUGCCCUCCUACUACGAAUUCAUCAAGAAACCCAUUGAAAUGCAGGAGAUUGCAAAGAACCUGCUGCAGGGUGUUUAUCAGAGCUUUGAGGAAUUUAUGGCGGAUCUCUUUCUCAUGUUCGACAAUGCCUGCAGCUUCAACGAACCCGACUCUCAAAUAUAUCAGGUGCACUUUACUUGGUACUGUGCGAAAAAUGCGGAUACGCUUAUUCUACACCGAGUAGCCCUCGCUAAGCGCAAUAUGGUUCUCUCUGCUGCCUUCUCCUCGGGCUCUCCCAUC